AGAGUGAAUUCAGUUGAUCUUCAACAAUGAAGACUGUUUUCGUUUUAGCUUUGUGCGUUGCCGCCGUUCUCGGUACGGAACUCCGUUAUGGAUUCCCAUCCUUCCAACGCUCACCCUUCACCGGUCGUGUAGUUGGCGGUAAGGAAGCUCCAGCCCACGCUGCCCCAUACAUUGUGUCCCUUCAAUUCUUGGGAUCACAUUUCUGUGGUGGAUCCCUCAUUGGUGAUAAAUACGUCCUCACCGCUGCCCACUGCAUGGCCUAUCCUUCACUCCUCGUCAGCGCUGUUGCCGGUUUACAUAACGUCAAGGGAACCUCAGGAUCUCAAUCACGCAGCGUUUCCAAACAAAUCCAACACGAGAGCUACGGAGGUGAUGUUGGACCAUACGAUAUUGGUGUGAUUGUUCUCAGCAAAGCAUUCGACUUGAAUGAAAACAUCAAGGCUAUUUCUCUUCCUGCGGCUGGAACUAUUCACUCUGGAUAUGGUACCCUCUAUGGAUGGGGAAGUAUCUCUGACACCAACAGCGCCGUUAUGCCAACAAACCUUAUGACAGUCACCAAACCCAUCAUCGAAUACAGUGCCUGUGAAGCCCAUUUGGGAGGACCUGGAGCUUCCCCAUUGGCUGACACCAACAUUUGCACAGGUCCAUUGACCGGAGGAGUUUCUGCCUGCAGUGGUGACUCUGGUGGCCCAUUCGUUCAAGCCAAUGCCUCUGGUAAUCUGGAAAUCAUCGGUGUUGUCUCAUGGGGAUACAUUCCUUGCGGCAGUGUUGAUGCUCCAUCUGUCUACACUCGCGUUUCCGCUUACGUUGAUUGGAUCAACAAGAACAUCUAAAUUAAGCAGUUCCUAUUAAUGGAAUAAAUAAAAUACCAACUGCAAAAUUGUUUAUUUA